AUGUAUGAUAACAUCCAGUCAAAAAAAUAUCAAGAGGAGAAGUAUGAUGGAGCACUCUUUUUGAAAAAAAAAGAAAGGAUUCUGGGUUAUGCAUAUUUUUUUAAAGUUUACCCAGAAAACAGCCCAAAAGAAGAAUAUUUAUUUGAUACAUUUGCGAAUAUUAAAAAAUUUACAUCAUUUGUUCUUCAAGAUAAUAAAAAUCUUUUGACUGUUUUAACAAAUAUAGCUACCCAUGCGUAUGAUAAAAUAUCAGAUGAGUGCCAUCCAAUAUUUGAUCCACUAGAUGUUAUUAAUUGUAUGGCAUCUUCUGUUGACGAUUACCAAAUUUUAACUUUAAUUAAUACGAUAAAAACUAUUGACGUCAUUUUAUAUGAUAAAUUUAAUGCAACCAAUGAUAUAGUAAUAAACAAUCGAAAAGAAUGUGUUCAAAAUGAAUAUGGUUUUACAAUUCAAGGUGAAAAUAAUACAGGAACAACUAUAUUUGACAGUUUAGUAUUACUUCAUGAGUUAGCUCACGCAGUUGUACCACCGAAGUCUAGUACUCCAAUUCGUACUGCAUUUGCCUGUUACCACAUUCAAAAUUGUUAUGAUGUUGGUUGUUUUUUAGAGCACAUAUGUUGUAGCGGUGAAGUACAUUUACAUAAGAAUGAUCGGAAGAUGUAUAUAUUAACACCAUUUGGGCCGAAAAAAUUUGUUAGUGAUGUGUUAUUACAAUGUAUUUAUGAUUCAAAAUCAUUUCAUUUAUUAAAUGAAUAUUCCAACAAAUGUGCUGGUCAACAAAUACAUUUAGCAAAAUUAGAUAUACCUGUAAUUAUAGCAGACGACGAAAUGAUCGAACCAACAGGAGAUUAUAGACAUGACAUUAUUGUAGUUGAAAAUAUUGAAAAUCAAACAAUUGAACCACUUGGCGAAUACGGAAGAGUUCGAUAA